UAAAUGUGACUUGAACAGCGCGAGCAUGGCUUUCCCUGGUAAUAUAAAUAUCCGAAAAUUUGAGAAUAUAGGGCGAACUGAGUGUAUUUGUGUCUGUGUUAAACCAAAUGUUAAAUUAAAACAUUAAUUUUUGUGGCUGAACGACAUUUGCGACAUAAAAUCGACUCAGUUUACGGUAUUCACCACUCCCCGGUGUGUGUGCGUGAAUAAUCUAUUGACCGAAUUGGUUACGCGUGCGAGUGAAUAAGAACAAAUUUGUGACGCUUGCAAAAAAAAGAAAAAAUAGUGAACGCGUAGCAGAGCUGCGCUGUAGCAGAGCCCCAACACACACGCACACAAGCUAGCAAAAGUGAACUCUACAAUUUAAUUGCAAUAAACAAAUCAAUAAAUAGAAUUUUUUUUGCAUAAAUCAUUAGCUGGUGGUGAAGAGUGGAUAAAAAUGCAUCAGUUUAACACAACGCGCAUGAGUUGAAGUGCCAGCAAGCAGUCGCAGCGCUGCUUCAGCAGCAGACAUCGACGCUGACGCCGCCAUAGGUAUGCUGCAGUAAGCAGAGCAGCACGCCGCGACAGCGACAUCGCCAGCAGAAACGUAACGUUUGCCAAAGAUUAGUUACAUUAGUUACAUAGAGUUCGAUUGCACAAUCAAACAAAGAGUAUCAUAAAUCUCAACUACAGAAUGACAUCCCGACUCGAUCGUCUUUUCAUAUUACUCGAGUCCGGCUCCACGGCUGCCACACGACAUGCGGCUGCCAAGCAGAUUGGAGAGGUGCAAAAACUAUAUCCACAUGAACUGCACGCACUGCUCAACCGGCUCGUGGGUUAUUUGCACAGUGCCUCGUGGGAGACGCGUAUUGCGGCCGCACAGUCGGUGGAGGCGAUCCUGAAGCAGGUGCCGCCCUGGCAGCCGGAACUGCAAAUGAAUCUAAAGAAGGAGCGCCAAGCGAGCGAUGCCACCGAGGAGGACAGCUGCCAAUCGAAUGCAUCAUCGUCCACAACAACAACGCCGUGCAGCGAGCGUCUGCUCAGCUUUGAUGAGUUUGAUCUACAGCAGAUUCUGUUGAAGGGCGCACGUCUAAUUGGCUCUGAGGGCAACGAGUUUGAUGUACAAGAGGAGCAACCGGCCAGCGGUGGCGGCGAAGAGGAUCAAAAUGUUGCGGCUCGUUUGAUUCGCCAGCGUGCACUCCUCAAUGACAAACUGGGACUGACCACCGCCGCCAAGCUGGGCGUCAAUCUGACUGACAUGAUAACCGACGAGGAUGUGGCUUUGACUCGCAGUGGCACCAGCUACAAUGUCAAUGCCGAGAAGAUGCCUGUGGAGCACAUACUGAACAUUAAGUCGGCAAAUGGUGGUGGAGUAGGAGGAAGUACCGCUGUUACUGCCAUAGGUCAAAAGCUCAGCUGCCGUGAAAUGAAUCGGGCCAAACGCAAAGCACGUCAAGGCAGCUCCACUGGCGCCGCCUCCACAGUCACGCCCACCUGCAGUCGACGCAACUCAACAGCUGGCGUCACCGUCAGCGCCGGCGCCGGCAGCAACAGCAGCGGCAGCAGCUGCAGCAACAACAGCAACGGCGCAAGCGCAGCCGAUGAGCCGGAGAAGAAGAAACUGAAGGCGAACAUGGCAGACAGACAUGAAAUAUUCUACUGUUUAAAUGCCGCUGUGCCGGAUGCGACGGGCUCAUGGGUCGACGCCGUCUCCUGGCCACUGGAAAACUUUUGUGCGCGUCUUUUUAUUGAUCUCUUUCAUGCCAAGUGGGAGGUGCGUCAUGGAGCGGCCACCGCGCUGCGUGAGCUCAUCAAUCAGCAUGGCAAGGGGGCGGGAAAGUGUGCACAUCAGAGCCCGGAGCAAAUGCACGAGGCGCACAGUCGAUGGCUGGAGGAUGCAGCGCUUCGAUUGCUCUGUGUACUGUGCCUGGAUCGAUUUGGUGACUUUGUUUCCGAUCAGGUUGUGGCACCGGUGAGGGAGACUUGUGCCCAAGUGCUUGGCACCCUCGUCAAGGCCAUCGAUGAGCCCAAAGUGCAUCGCAUCGUGGACAUUUUGCUGCAGCUCAUACGCCAUAAGAACGAGUGGGAAGUGCGUCAUGGUGGUCUGCUGGGACUCAAGUAUGUGUUCGUGGUACGUGAAGAACUGCUGCCCAUUUACCUGCCCAAAUCCAUAUCGGACAUAUUGCUCGGUCUGCUGGAUGCCGUCGAUGAUGUGGGUGCUGUGGCGGCAGCCACAUUGAUACCAGUGGCCAUGUGGCUGCCAAAACUACUCAAUGCCACGCAGGUAUCGUCAAUUGUGAAAAUGCUGUGGGACUUGCUGUUGGAUCAGGAUGAACUAACCUCGGCCUGCAACAGCUUCAUGGGUCUAUUGGCGGCUAUACUCUGCCUGCCCAAAGCUGCCAGCUGGAUACAAAUGGAGCCCAUUGGUACAUUAGUGCCACGCCUGUUCCCAUUUCUGUCACAUAGCACCAGCUCGGUGCGUCGCUCCACGCUGAAAACGCUGCUCACCCUGACGGGCAGUGGAGACACCACUGUGAUCAAGCGGGAGGCAGGCGAGGUUAAGCCGGAGCUGGAGAAAUCGAUAGCCAAUGGCAAGGAGGAAACACUGAAGAUCAACUUUGGGGUCGUUGACUGGAAUUGGCAGCUGUUGCAGCAGGCUCUGCGUCACAUCUAUCAACGUUUGCUGGUGGAACCGCAGGCGGACAUACAGACGCUGGCCCAUCAGGUGUGGUCCAAUGUUAUCCAAUAUGCGGACUUGGGUGCGCUUUUACAUGCCGCCUGUCCGCAUGUCUCAUCCUGGAUAUGUCUGGCCAUGCAACCGCCACGACUGGCCUUUGACCCAGCUGUCCUUAUCAGAGCUGUCGGCGGCAACGAUGCGGCAUCAACGGCAUCCAGUACGCGUCGUCGUACGUCGCGAAUUGGCGAUGAUUUGGGCGGUGCGGCAUUGGCCCACUCGAAUGCCAUGCUGAAGUUAUAUUUGGGCGGCAGUGAGGCGACGCCACUGGAGCUGCGAGAGGCGAACUUUAUGCGUGCCCGCAUCACAGCCUCGAGAGCGUUGGGCGCACUCUCACACUACCUGGUGCAGCCGGCACCGGGCGUGCUAUAUACGCCACAAAUGGAGAGUCCCACGGAUUGCUAUACAAAGGUGUUGCUGGGACACUUGAAUGCCCGUUCGGCGGUUCAGCGCAUCGUGUGUGGUCUGAUAAUUGCCUUUUGGGCGCUCGAUGAUGAGCCUGUGCGACCGGGUCCGCCUAAUCUGCAGGAGAAGCUGCAUCAGUGCGUGUCGGAGUAUUUUUACUACGACGAAGUGGCCAUGUCGCUAACUCGCCUGCUGCAGGAGGCACAGGACUUUAUAGCGACGCUAAAGCAAAACAAAAUACCCAUCAAUGAUUUCAAUAAUGCCAAGAUCCUCACGCUCGAUCAGAUCGAGGCGGUGGCCACCACACUCAGUGACAAUCUGCGUAGCUAUGCGCUCAAACCCAAGGUGAUGGACAUGCUGCUGGAGCGAAGACGCAGCCUGCAGGCUUCCUAUCAGCAGACAACCAGUGAACAGGGUGCCUACCACGUCAGCGCCCAGGCUGCAUUGGCCGGUGCCAUCUGUGCCCUCCACUGUCUGCCUGACAAGCUGAAUCCCGUUGUGAAGCCACUCAUGGAGUCGAUCAAGAGGGAACAGUGCGUUCCUCUGCAGCAGCUGUCCGCUGAGUUUCUGGUGCAUCUCAUGGACCAAGUUUGUGAUAGAAAUCCUAGUCCAAAUAACAAAAUCUUGAACAAUCUGUGCACGUUGCUGCGCAGUGACACGGAGCACACGCCCAAGCUCAAUAUACCGUUGCAAACAUUGCUGGAAACACGUCCCAGCGCCAACAUUUGUGACUACUACGGGAUUCUCACGCUCACGCAGCAACAACAGGCGGUAGGCAGCGUGUCGAGCAACAGCAGCAGCGCCAACAGUGGACGAGCUGGAGCUACGCCAUCGGCGACCGCACCACGUGGACCGGGAAGACCGCCGGCCAGUGAAGUUUUGGCCGCUGCGGCGGCAGCUGCGGCCAACAACGAGAUCAGCACUCAACAGGCUAAGGAAGCGGAAGCACGUCAGUGUCGGAUACAACGUUUGGGAGCCUCUAGUGCCAUAGCCAAACUCUGCAGCACGUUUGGCGAACGCAUUGUGGAAAAGGUGCCCAUCUUUCAGCAGCUGAUGUUCGGCAAGCUGGAGCAGUUUGUGUCCAGUGUGGAUGCAGAUACUUUGAUCAGCACGUUGCCAGAGCUGACGGCAUGCAAUGAGCUGAUCAGCUCGAUGCAACUCAUCGAAACGGCAUCGCCGCAUUUGCAUGAAGCGCUGCAUUCGCAAUUGUUUGCGCUGCUGCCACAGCUGGGAUUCAUUGUGCGGCAUCCGCUGAAGGUGCUGCGUCACAUGGCCGCCCGUUGCAUUGCUGCUCUGGCGGACAUUGAUGCAUGCCGCACCAUGCAGUUUGUGGUUACAGAGCUGCUGGAGCUAUUGCUCAAGAUUGAGCGACCCAUUGAACGCCAAGGUGCUGUGGAGGCAAUCGAACGUGUGGUGAAUCGAUUGCAAAUUCGUGUUGUGCCAUAUAUUGUGCUGCUGGUGGUGCCCCUGCUGGGCGCCAUGAGCGAUCCGGAUGAAUCUGUGCGACUGCUGGCCACGCACUCCUUUGCCACACUUAUUCAACUGAUGCCUCUGGACAGCAGCAGUGGUGAGAAUGCCAAGACUGCAUCAUCACAUCUCAAAAGCGAACCGUUGCUGGAGCGCAAGACACGUGAUCGUGAAUUCCUUGAUUAUUUAUUUGCGCCCAAAACCAUACCGGACUAUCAGGUGCCCGUGUCGUUAAGUGUGGAGCUGCGAAGCUAUCAGCAGGCGGGCAUCAAUUGGCUGUGGUUCCUCAACAAGUACAACCUGCACGGCAUACUCUGUGACGACAUGGGUCUGGGCAAGACGUUGCAGACCAUCUGCAUAUUGGCCGGCGACCAUGUGCAGCGCCAGGAGAAACAGCUGGCCUCGUUGCCCAGCCUGGUCAUCUGUCCGCCAACGCUGACUGGUCAUUGGGUCUACGAGGUGGAAAAGUUUCUGUCUCAGUCGCCGGUGCUGCGACCUCUUCACUAUUUUGGCUUUCCCGUUGGACGCGAAAAGCUGCGCAGUCAAAUUGGCAGCAGUUGCAAUCUUGUGGUCGCCUCAUACGACACCAUACGCAAGGACAUUGACUACUUUAGUGGCAUUCACUUCAACUACUGUGUACUGGACGAGGGACACAUCAUUAAGAAUGGCAAGACAAAGAGCUCGAAGGCCAUCAAACAGCUAAAGGCAAAUCAUAGGCUAAUCCUUUCAGGCACUCCCAUACAGAACAAUGUUUUGGAAUUGUGGUCACUGUUUGAUUUUCUGAUGCCCGGAUUUCUGGGCACCGAGAAGCAGUUCAUUCAGCGCUAUUCUCGCCCUAUUUUGGCAUCCCGCGAUGCCAAAAGCUCCCCCAAGGAACAGGAAGCUGGUGUACUGGCCAUGGAGGCGCUACAUCGCCAAGUGUUGCCAUUCCUGUUGCGUCGCGUCAAGGAGGAUGUGCUCACCGAUUUGCCGCCGAAAAUCACGCAAGAUCUGCUCUGUGAAUUAAGUCCACUGCAACUGCGACUCUACGAAGACUUUAGCAAUAAACAUUUGAAAGACUGUUUGGAUAAGUUGGACGAUACGGAGAAUCUCGGCACCAAAACGCACAUAUUCCAGGCUCUGCGCUAUCUGCAGAACGUGUGCAAUCAUCCCAAACUGGUGCUACGCCAAUCCAACGAUGAGCGCAGUAAUAUUGCCGCUCAGCUCGCCCUUAGCCAUAGUUCCCUGGACGACAUUGAGCAUUCGGCGAAGCUGCCUGCUUUAAAACAACUGUUGUUGGAUUGUGGCAUUGGUGUACAGACUGAGUCUGUCAGUCAGCAUCGUGCACUCAUCUUUUGCCAGCUGAAGGCCAUGUUGGAUAUCGUGGAGCACGAUUUGUUGCGCAAGCAUUUGCCCAGUGUUACCUACCUACGUCUGGAUGGCAGCGUGCCAGCCUCAAUGCGCCAGGAUAUCGUUAACAACUUUAACAGUGAUCCCAGCAUCGAUGUCUUGCUGUUGACCACACUGGUUGGCGGCUUGGGUCUGAACCUCACAGGAGCUGAUACAGUCAUUUUUGUAGAGCACGACUGGAAUCCAAUGAAGGAUCUGCAGGCCAUGGAUCGUGCGCAUCGCAUUGGCCAAAAGAAGGUUGUCAAUGUGUAUCGUCUGAUCACACGCAAUUCGCUCGAGGAGAAGAUCAUGAGCCUGCAAAAGUUUAAAAUACUCACCGCCAAUACGGUAGUGAGUGCUGAGAAUGCUUCGCUUCAGACUAUGGGCACGUCGCAGAUUUUCGAUCUGUUCCAACAACAACAAGGCAACAACAAAGCCCAGGGCAGCAACAGUGGAGCAGCGGCAACAGCUGCUGGCAGCGGUGGCAUGUCCAUGAACACCAUCAUUGAGAACUUGCCGGAACUUUGGUCGGAGCAUCAGUAUGAGGAGGAAUACGACCUGGGCAACUUUGUGCAGGCGCUGAAGAAGUAAAGCCGCUAAAGUUUUGUCCUCAACUAAGACUUGGCACCCACACAUACAAACUCACAAACAAAUACACAAAAACAAACACAUACACAUUCAGUUACACAAUGCAUUCACAUUCAGCUGAUGACGAUGAUGAUAAAGAGUUGAGUUUUAUUUUUAGUUUUUUAAGCACAUUCUUCAUUUUUUUGGAAUGUUUUCUUUUGUUCCUUUGUAGUAGUUGCAAGCGAAAUGCGUCGAAAUUCAUAAUAAAACAACAUUUGAAGUAAAAUUGAG